AUGGGGCGAUGGUCGCCGAUCUCGAUGCUUCCUGCUGGAAAAGUUGAUCGCAUACCUCUUCUACUUGGGGCGACUUCGAAGGAAACGUCGGCUUUCUUCUUGGAGGGGUUGGGAAAGGUCACGGGGAGAGCAAAUGCCAGUUGGGGAGGAGGCUUCAUCCUGCUAGGUUUCUCGGACCAGCCGCAGCUAGAGAAGCUCCUCUCCAUGCUUAUCUCCAUCUUCUAUGUCUUGACUUUGAUGGGCAAUGGGACCAUCAUCCUGGUGGCCUGCCUGGACGCCCAGCUCCACACCCCCAUGUACUUCUUCCUCUCCCACCUGGCCAUCCUGGACCUCACCCUCAUCAACUGUGUCAUCCCUCAGAUGCUUGUCAACCUGUGGGGUCCAGACAGGACCAUCCCCUUUGCUGGCUGUGCAGUUCAGCUCUUCAUCUCGCUGGGGUUAGGUGGGACCCAGUGUGUCUUCCUGGCCUUCAUGGCCUAUGACCGCUACAUUGCCAUCUGUCAGCCCCUCCACUAUGUGCUGGUCAUGCAUCCCGGUUUGUGCUGGAAGCUCUUGGCUAUCUCCUGGGGCCUGGGCUUUGGCAACUCAUCCCUGCACACCCCCCUCACCCUGUCCCUGCCCCGGUGUGGCCACCACCAGAUCAACCAUUUCUUCUGUGAAAAUCCACCCCUCGUCAAGUUGGCCUGCGUGGAUACCUCGUCGUAUGAGGCAGAGAUUUUUGUGUUGAGCGUCUUUUUCCUCCUGAUCCCCCUCCUAUUCAUCCUGGUCUCCUAUGGCUUCAUCGCUCGGGCUGUGCUGGAGGUCAAGUCCGCUGCAGGGCGGCGUAAGGCUUCCGGAACCUGUGGGGCCCAUCUCGCUGUGGUGUCAAUCUUCUAUGGCUCCAUCCUCUUCAUCUACCUUCAGCCCAAGGACCAGGUCUCCCAGGACGCUGACAAGUUUGUGGCUCUCUUCUACAACCUCAUCACUCCGGCACUGAAUCCGCUCAUCUACACCCUGAGGAAUGAGGAUGUGAAGGGGGCGAUAAGGAGGUUGGUGCUGGAGAGGAGGGGAGUGCAAAUAAUACAGGCUUAA